AUGGCAUCAGCCAUAUGGCGUGCCGCCCAUUGUGUGCGGUUAGCAGCCCGGGCAUCGCAGCAGCUCCCAUUAUCACCACCUCUCCCGCGAUCCUCCUCAUCAAGUCACAGCUCCCUGAAUAUUAGACGGAUCGCCUCCGUAGCGGUGGUUCCACAAGCUGCCCAACCUGCCGUUUCAGAGCCUCUACCAGAAAUCAUUCGGCCUCAGGAAGAUGACCUACCGGCGGCAUCGCCUAAUCCCAGGCCAGUCACCACGCCCUCUCGCAUGGAGCGCAUCCGCGAUGCCCGACCCUUCUCCGACUUCUUGACAGACACCUUCCAUCGCCAGCAUGACUAUCUCCGCAUCUCGGUCACGGAGCGCUGCAAUCUGCGCUGCCUGUACUGCAUGCCUGAAGAAGGGGUGCCACUGUCCCCGCAACGCAACCUGCUCACCACCCCGGAGAUCGUCAUGCUCUCCUCUCUCUUCGUCGAGCAGGGCGUGACCAAGAUCCGGCUGACAGGAGGCGAGCCGACUGUGAGGCCGGAUAUCGUAUCUCUGAUGCAACAACUCGGUUCUCUGCGCUCCCACGGCCUGCGUGAGCUGUGUCUGACUACCAAUGGCCUAGCUCUGCACCGCAAGCUGGACGCCAUGGUCGAGUCAGGGUUAACGGGCAUCAACCUCUCUCUGGACACACUUGACCCAUGGCAAUUCCAGCUCAUGACCCGCCGCAACGGGUUCGCAGCAGUCCAAAAAUCCAUCGACCGCAUCUUUCAACUCAAACGUGCCGGUGCGCCCCUCAAAUUCAAAAUCAACUGCGUGGUCAUGCGCGGCCUGAACGACAGAGAGAUCUUAGACUUUGUCGAGCUUACCCGCAAUCGUGACGUCGAGGUCCGCUUCAUCGAGUACAUGCCCUUCGACGGCAACCGCUGGUCGCAGGGCAAGAUGGUCAGUUACACGGAGAUGCUGGACAGGAUCCGCGAGCGGCACCCGGAUCUGGAGAGGGUUCCAGAUCGCAAGAAUGACACCAGUAAGACGUACCGCGUGCCAGGAUUUAAGGGCAAGAUUGGGUUCAUCACGAGCAUGACCCAUAACUUUUGUGGGACGUGCAACAGGUUGCGGAUUACGUGCGAUGGGAACUUGAAAGUGUGUUUAUUUGGGAAUGCGGAGGUGUCGCUUCGGGAUAUUUUGCGCAAGGCAAACAAUGGGGAGCCAAUCGAUGAGGCGGCGCUGGAGUCGUUGCAGAAGGUCGUGAUGGAGCAGAAGGGAGCGAGCUCCUCGGAAGGAGUCGUGGUGCCGAAUGCUGAGGAGCUGCUUGAUGUUAUCGGCAUGGCUGUCAAACGCAAAAAACCGAAGCACGCUGGAAUUGGCGAACUGGAACACAUGAAAAACCGGCCUAUGAUCUUGAUCGAUUCCCCAUCCCAAGCUCGUUCCCAGACAACAUGGCAUCCCAUCGGCCUCACUUCAAGUUGGGCGCCCGCUCAUAGACAGUCUUCUCCCCUCCCAUGGCCCGGAAGGGCCACUUCUCCAAGCUACCAUCGUCAAGUCCGUUUCUUCUCCUCAAUCCCUCACUGCCGUCAAUCCGACAAUACCAAUGAUGACCUCAAUGCCCCCCGCCUAACCCACCUCACCACAACCGGCGAAGCCCACAUGGUCAGCAUAUCCGACAAGCAGCCUACCAAGCGCACUGCAGUUGCAAAAUGUGUCGUAUGCUUCUCCGAUGUGACUGCUCUACGCCUGGUGCGCGCCAAUGCCCUCAAGAAGGGCGAUGUCCUCGGCGUGGCACGUAUCGCGGGGAUCAUGGCGGCGAAGAGGACGCCUGAUUUGAUCCCGCUCUGUCAUCCGAUUAUGAUUACGCAUGUGGAGAUUGGGUUUGAGGUUAGGGAUCCUGCAGAUGGCGGGAUUGAAGGGGAGGAUGGGAAGAGGAAUAAAGGCGGGGAGAUUGAGGUGUCGGCGGCUGUGUCUUGUGAUGGCAAGACGGGUGUCGAGAUGGAAGCGCUGACGGCCGCUAGCGCAGCAGCGCUGACUAUCUAUGACAUGUGCAAGGCGGUUGACAAGGGGAUGGUGAUUGGGGAUUUAAGGGUUGUACUGAAGGAAGGGGGUAAGAGUGGACGAUGGGUUGAGGGACAGAAGGAAGACCUGAGAAAGCAUGAAGGUCGCUCGUGA